GCCCCCGCGGCAGCGGCGGCGGUGCCGGCCCAGGCGGCAGGGCCGAGCACGCCGGCGCGGGGGGCGGCGCGGGCGCUGGCGCAGAGGCGGCCACCGGCUGCGCGGUGCCCUCGCUGGCUGCCACAUCUCCGCCGCCCUCGUGCCCUGUCCCAGGCGCGGGUCGUCUUGUCGGCGAGCCCCUGGCUUGCCCCGAGGGCGCAGCCUGCGCCAGCGACGCGCCUGGGCAAGGUAGAGGCCUGCUGCACGCCAGUGGCGACCAAGAGCCGCAGGAGGGCGUUGCUCGAUGUGCCCGAGGUGCGCGCCCGGCCCGCCAAGGGCGAAGCGGAGAGGUGCUCCUUCCAGCGCCAGCGGGGGGUGGCCCCGCCUGUCUGGCCCCGAUCGCCCUGCAGCCUGGCAGCGCGCCGGCGGGUUGGGCCGCUCGGCCCGAAGAAUACGAGCGGCACUUGCAGGCCUCGAUGGCGGCGCUGAGGGAGCUGCAGGGCGGUGGGUCAUUACCUCUCGCAUCGCUUGCGCCGCUGCCGGGCGCCGCUGCCGCGGCUCUCUCGCCGCCCCCCGUGUUCCUGCCGCCGCCCCCGUGCCCUGCUCCGGCUCCGUGCCCCUCCGCCGGCGGCGCCGAGGCCUGCCCCGAGGAUGGCUCCCGCGCCCGCAGGGUGCCCUCGCCGCCUCGGGUCUCCUCGGCGCCCCCCUCGCGCCCAGCCCUGCCGACUGCCGGCGGCGCCGACGGUGGAGCCGGCAGCUCGGCGGGGGCCGCUGUUGGCGAGGUCUCUUCGCCGCCCGUCGCCCCUGCGGCGCCGCCCCCGUGCUCUGGCCGGCCGAGCGGCCCCUCCGCCAGCGGCAGCGAGUCCGCCGGCGCCGGAGCAGAGGCCGCCACCGGUUGCGCGGUGCCCUCGCGCCCGCCGCACCCGAAGGCCCGCGUAGAAACCGAGGAGGAGGAGGAUGAGGAGGCAGGUCGGCCAGAGGCCAGGGAGGCGGCGGCGCGGAGAGCGGAAGAGGCUUGGCUGCAGGCCGAGGUGGAGGGUGCGGCGGCUGGGGAUUCGCCGGAGGUUCGGCGGAAGGCCGAGAAGGAAACCCAGGUGAAGACCGAGGACGAGGCAGACAAGCUGAAGGCCGAGGAGGAGAUUCGGCUGAAGGCCGAAGAGGAUGCGCGCCUGGAGGCCGAGGAGGAGGAGGAUGCUCAAAAAGCGGAGGAAGUUCGGCUGAAGGCCGAAGAGGAGGCGCGAAUGAAGGCCGAAGAGGAGCAGGAGGCGCGGAAAGCGGAAGAGACUCGGCUGAUGGCCGAGGAGGAACAGGCGCGUUUGAAGGCGAAAGAGGAAUCCUCCAAGCUGCAAGCCGAGGAGGAAGCUCGGCUGAAGGCCGAGGAGGAGACUCGGCUGAUUGCCGAAGAGUAUGCGCGUUUGAAGGCCGAGGGGGAUGAUAACGAGGCGCGGAAAGCGGAGGAGGUUCGGCUGAAUGCCGAGGAGGAAACGCGUUCGAAAGCCGAGAAGGAAGAGGAGGAGGGACGGAAAGCGGAAUCAGCUCGGCUGGAGGCCAAGGAGGAAGCGCGCUUGAAGGCGGAGAAGGGGGCAGCCAGGCUGAAGGCUGAGGAGAAGGAGGAGGCUCGGCUGAGGGCCGAGGGAGAAGAUGAGGCGACAAGGCUCAAGGCCGAGGAGAGCACGCGUGUGAAGGCCGAGGAGGAGGAGGAGGAGGAGAAUGAGGCGCGGAAGGCGGAGGACGCUCGGCUGAAGGCCGAGGAGGAGGCCCGAUUGCAGGCCGAAGAGGAGGAGGCGCAUAAUGCGGAGAAGAUCCGGCUGAAGGCCGAGGAUGAGGCACGGACAGCGGAGGACGCUCGGCUGAAGGGUGAGGAAGACGAUGCGGAAAGGAACGCGGAGGAGGUUCGGCUGAAGGCCGAAGAGGAAGCGCGAAUGAAGGCCGAAGAGGAGCAGGAGGCGCGGAAAGCGGAAGAGACUCGGCUGAUGGCCGAAGAGGAACAGGCGCGUUUGAAGGCGAAAGAGGAAUCCUCCAAGCUGCAAGCCGAGGAGGAAGCUCGGCUGAAGGCCGAGGAGGAGGAGGAGGAGGAGAAGCAGGAGGAAGAGGAGGAGGAGGAGGAUGCGCGGAAAGCAGGGGUGGCUCGUCUGAAGGCCGAGGAGGAAGCGCGCUUAAAGGCGGAAGAGCAAAUAGCCAGGCUGAAGGCCGAGGAGGAGGCUCGCCUGAAGGCGGAAGAAAAGGCAGCCAGGCUGAAGGCCGAGGAAAAGGAAGAGGCUCGCCUGAGGGCUGAGGCCGAGGACGAGGCGGCACGGUUCCACGCCGAGGAGAACGCGCGUCCGAAGGCCGAGGAGGAGGAGGAGGAGGCGCGGAAGGCGGAGCAGGCCAGGCAGAAGGCCGAGGAGGCAGCGAUUCUGAGGGCCCAGGAGGAGGCGCCUCGGCCGACGGCCGAGAGGGCGAGGGAGGAGGCAGCCCUGCCGAUGGGCGCCAGCCCCGGCCUGGGGACACCGCCGCCCGCAGGGGCCUCGCGCGGCGCCCCUCGGGAGGGCGGGGCGCCGGCUGCCCCCGCAGAGUGCCUGGCGGGCGCGCCGCAGGAGAUCACGCCGCUGGCCUCUCCUCCGACGGACGCUGCGCCGCCCCGACAGGCGCGCGCCAGUGGCGCCGACGGCAAGGCCCAGGCAGUGACAGCUGAAUCGGUCGACGAGGACAAGUCCAGCUCGCCGCGUGCACGCCCUGCAGAUCUUUGCGCAGUUUCUCCGGUGCCUGACCGCUCCGGCCGCGUCGACGAGAGUUCGGUCAUGGCCUCUGCGGCUGCUUGCAUCGAGGGUGGACAUCCCGAAUGGUCCGACGCCAGCGCCAGCUUGCCCAGCCGCACACCUGCCGAUCACGCGGAGCGCAGCACCGCCACAGAGGCAGCUGCCGUCGCCACUGCCAGCUUUGGAGUCCCAGCGACAGCAGCCGCGGCACCCGACGUCGACAACACAGCCUCCUCGCGCGCGGCGGAUCAGAUGGCCGAGCGUGGCGGGGAGCCUCUGCCGCCCGCCUCUUCUGCCCUUCCCAGCGCAGAGGCUGCGGCCCCCAGCCCGCCCUGCGGCGGCGGCGGCGGCAGCGCUGACGGCCUGGCCAGCGGCGGGUGCGCGGCCGGCGCGGGCGUCGGCGUGGAUGCCGAUCCGCCGUUUCCCGCCCCUCGUCUCGUGGCUCGCCUCGGCUCGUGGCUGCGUGGCUGCGUGGCUGCCACCCCGUGGCUCGCGGCCGCGGACGCCGCGGCGCCCAGCCGUGCGGCUGCUAGCAGCGCCGAGUGCGUGGCAGCGGCAGCCGUGGUGGCCGCGCCGGACUGCCCGGCGCCCACUGGCGGCCCUGCGUUCGGCGCGGCGGCGGAGGCCGCGACCACGACGCUGCACGGCAGAGCGCCUGGCGGCGGCUCUGCCAGCGCCGCAGAGGCGGAGGUGGCGGCCGCCGACGGUGUGGCACCCGACCGCGGGCCAGCCUGCAGUGCAGAAGCGGCGGCCACGCCCGACGGCAAGGCACCCGCGGAAGUCAGCGCAGGCCGCGGCGCCGCAGCCCGGCUCGCAGAGGCCAGCGCUCACGUGGCGCCCAGCGGCGAUCCCGCCCGCGGCGCGGGGGCAGCGGUGCCCGACGGGGCGGUGGUGCUCGGCAGUGGCGGGCCCUCCGGCGGCUCGGAGGCAGGCGCCGCCUCGAGCGGGGCGCCCUCGCAGCCCGCGCCGGGAGCCCCGCUGGCGUGGCCGGCCAGCCCCGCCAGCCCUGCCAGCCCUGCCAGCCCAGCCGGCUCGGGCGGCCUGGGCGGCCCUGCCAGCCCAGCAGACCAGUUGCUCAGCCCGGCCAGCCCGGCCACCUCAGCCAGAGCGGCGAGGGGGAAGCCGUCGCCGUCUCCUCAGCCUCCCCCACCGCCUUCGGCGGCGGGACGCGGCUCCGCGGGCGCAGGCUCCCCAGCUGGCGCUGGCGCCGGCAAGCAGCGCGGCGGUGGCGCCGAGGCGGCGACCGAGUACAAGAAGUCUGACAAGUACAAGACUUUUUUCGCGGACAGGGCAUCUCUCCAGAGCGCGCAGAAGCAUAAUAAGCUCAUCAGGACAAUCGGGGCGACCACUAAGCAGAACAAGAAAGUCUUCGAAGAGUGGAAGAAGGUUGUAGUGAUUCAGUUUGCGGAGGAGCUCAAGGGCAAGCCCAAGGGCGAGCAGGCCAAGAUCUUGGCAGAGAAGUGGGCCCAGGUGUCGGCAGAGGAGAGGGCUCAGUUCAACGCGCAGGUCGCGCAGGCGGAGAGCAAGAGGAAGGCUAAGCAUAAGAAACAGCAGCAGGAUUUCAAGGCCUUCUCGCAGUGGAAGCGGCAGGCAGCGCCCCAGCUUGCCGGGGAGCUGGAGGGCAAGCCCAAGGGCGAGCAGGCCAAGGUCUUGGCAGAGAGGUGGGCACAGGUGUCGGCGGAGGAGAGGGCUCGGUUCAGCGCGCAGGUCGCGCUCGCGGAGGGCGAGAGCAAGGCGGAGGGCAAGAAGAACAAGAAAGUCUUCGACAAAUGGAAGAAGGUCGUAGUGCCCCAGUUUGCCGAGGAGCUCAAGGGCAAGACCAAGGGCGAGCAGGCCAAGAUCUUGGCGGAGAAGUGGGCCCAGGUGUCGGCGGAGGAGAGGGCUCAGUUCAACGCGCAGGCAGAGGCCAAGAAAAAGGGUGAGCACGAGACGAAUCACAACGUCAAGGCGGGAAAAACCUCGACAAGGGCAUCUCGGGAGCGAUCGCCGCGGAGGCUUUCGCCGCACAAGAAGGCGCGGACCCUGUGCAAGGAACUGAUCCUGGGCAUCCAGCAGGUGUCCGCCGAGGCGAAGCAGGCUGGGCUGUCGCUUCGCGCGGCCGUGCGCCAGGUGCUCUUCCACCUGACGCCCGACGCGGAGGCGUGGGUGCCGCUUAGCACAAUGUCCGGCGCAUGCCACGCGCAGCUCGUCAGGGAGAAGCUCAUCGAAGAGCUCCCCCGAGGGGAGCGCAGCUUGACCAAGAGGUGGUUCGAGGAUCCUCCCGAGCGAUGCGACACCUUCAGGUUGUCCUUCGACGGGGGCGGCGAGCGCGGCGAGGCCGCCGAGUGGCGCCUGCAGCUCACGGCGGACGCCCGGCGCCGGGCAUCUGCGCACUGCGCCGACGCGGAGCGCAGGGCGCUGGCGCAGGAGAGGCCGAGAGUGAGCAUGGGGAGCUGAUGCUGCAGGCGCAGGC